CUAGUCGAAUAACAGUGCUUUAGGAUGCUGGAGCAAAGCAGUAGCGUAUCAUCAGGACCAGAAGUCUGAGUGGGAUGGAGAUACUGAGAGAGAUGUAAAUGGAGAAGAAGCAGUGUCACCAAGAGAAAUUGGACAUCCAUACGAUUUUAAAGUGCUUCGCAUUAAAAACAGAAACAGCAUCACUUCUCUCUGAAGUAAUCCAAUACUGAUAAUUCAUGUCAAACUGCACGCUGGAGCGGCACCAUGCUGCCUCGCUGGGUGAAACAUUGCUAAUGGAAAGAAAGCCUUAUAAGAUCCAGCUGAUCCAAAUCCCCUUAAAUGCAGCAUAAUGCCUUCAAAAGUGUCAUGUUUGUACCUGUUGACAGUGGUCUGCUGGGCGAGUGCUCUCUGGUACCUGAGCAUAUCCCGCCCGAACACCACCUAUGUCGGCCACAUGUCUAUUCCUAUACGUAAGGUUCCAAAUCCCGCCCAAAACAUCACGUUUACCAACAUUCACACCCGCCCCCUUAACCCACAUGCCUUUGAAUAUGUCAUCAAUGAGCCGAAGAAGUGUGAAAGUGCCGCUCCCUUCCUUAUCAUCCUCAUUAGCACCACCCACAAGGAGUUUGAUGCACGGCAGGCCAUCCGGGAGACCUGGGGGGACGAGAGCACCUUCGGGGACAUCCGCAUCCUCACCAUCUUUCUGCUGGGCUGGAACACGGACUCCAUCUUGAACCAGAUGGUGGAGCAGGAGAGCCAAAUCUUCCAUGACAUUGUGGUGGAGAACUUUAUUGAUUCCUACCACAACCUCACCCUCAAGACCAUGAUGGGCAUGCGCUGGGUGACUACCUUCUGCCCCAAAGCGCAGUACAUCUUAAAGACAGACAGCGACAUCUUUGUCAACAUGGACAAUCUCAUCUACAAACUCCUGAAGCCCACCACCAAGCCAAGAAGGAGAUAUUUUACUGGCUAUGUCAUAAACGGUGGUCCCAUUAGGGACAUGCGCAGUAAGUGGUACAUGUCCAGGGACUUGUACCCCGACAGUAGAUACCCUCCUUUCUGCUCGGGUACUGGCUAUGUGUUCUCUUCAGACGUUGCUGAGCUCAUCUAUCAGACUUCAUUACACACAAGACUGUUGCACCUGGAGGAUGUGUAUGUGGGAAUGUGCUUGCGAAAGCUCGGUAUACACCCGUAUCAGAACAGUGGUUUUAAUCACUGGAAAAUGGCUUACAGUCUGUGCCGGUACAGGCGGGUUAUCACCGUGCACCAGAUCUCCCCGGAGGAGAUGCACCGCAUUUGGAACGACAUGUCCAGCAAGAAGCACCUGAGAUGUUAGGGGACACGAGGACCACUUAACAACAACUUCCUUUUGUUGUUGCCUUUUCCUCUUUUCUUUAACUCAUCACAUUGUGUAAUGUAAAAUAAAAGGCCUGCUGCGAGUCUUCAUGACAGAUGUUUUCAUAUCUAUUUCUGCUGAUUGCACACAUGAUUGUUAACGAGUGCAUGAGGCUUGUAGCGUAUUCUCAUGCAUAAUCAAAAUGUGGCGUUUGUUACUGAGACUAAUUUUGUUCAUGUAUUCCAGGUGCAAAUGUAAGCAUAAUAUUCUUUAUGUGCAUUAAGUCAAUCAGCGUUGAGCAUUGCGUAGUGUGGCCUGAUGGGUAGAGACUGUGUUUCAGACGACCUUAGUUCAAGCUCACAUUCACAAGUGUCCUUGAGACACUGGAUCUGUAACAGCUGCAUGGCUGCUGACUCAGCACCCUGAUCCCUCUGCAGCAGAGCAGGCUGGGAGAUUUCUGUGCAGGAAUCGAUAAAGUAAUAAAUGACUAUAUUAUAUUUAUAAUAUUAUAACGUUUAAAAAAAUGGCAUUUACAAAUUAAUUAAGAGAUCCUGUUAAUCAUAUCCAACCAACCAGGUCGUCUGUUGAGGUAAAACUUACACUCAUGCUGCUCUCCCCUUUUUAUGUUCAUUGUGAUACAGUCUGAUAUACGUUGUCUCCAAACAGACCAAGUUUAAAGAUAACGACAUUAUUUUUGUAUUCAUCACUAUUCCCUUGAUCCAUGUAGCUGAAUUUACUGGAUGCUCUUUUUUUAUGAGUUUGCCUGAUGGUUUUGUUUACAUACCUUUAAAGUUUUACUGCCUCUUCUUUCUGAAUAAGCCCAAUGCAUAUUUUUGUUUUAGAUGCAUUUUGUUUUUUAUUCUGGUUGACAUUUUUAUACUUGCAAUAACUGUGUGUCUGAGCUACCUGCUGCUCAUUGAGCUACCUGCUGCUCAUUACUCCAGCUGCUGCUCUCGCAGUAAAUCAGCAGCUAUCCACUCAUCGCCUCCUCCACAUAUCAACAGAUAUACAGCAUCAUGUCGAGCAAGUCUGAGUUUAACUGUAUCUAAGACCAUUACAGACUGGAUGUAUUAUCUUAUCUAUGUGUCUGGCAUAUCUGUGAUUACUGGAGCACUGCUACUGACAUAAUGGAAACAUUUUGUGUUUCUCAGACAAUGUGGCUUUCAUGGCCUCAUUUUCAUUUCUUUUUUUCAAAGUUUUUGUUGUAUUACGAGCUAAUGUGACAUUUACUGUGAAAGCAUCUAUCCUUCAAGGGGUUGUUGUUAUAUAUUGUAUGUUUUUUAUAUUAAAAAACAAAUACUUGAAUUAUUAAAGAUAUAUUACUGCUUUCA